GAACGGAACCCUGCCCAAUAAUUUCUCCGCAGCUGCCUUGUUCAGCGUUUAUUUGUGCCCCCUGCCACUCCGGAGGGACCGCCGGCCGCCUCGAUCUCUUGCUCUUCUUCCUCUGCCUUCGUCUUCCUCUGGCUCUAUAUAAGCAACCAACCACCAGCUAGCUGCCUUCUCUCCUAGUUCUCCAAGCUUCUCGCAUGGAUCGAUCGAUCAGUUAAUUGUUAGCUAGCUGUAGCUGCUGCAUAGAGACAUCACCUCGCCAUCGGCAAGCUAGCUAGCUACCGAUCGAUUGGCUGCUAGCUAGUAGCUAGCUGCUCCGAUAUAUCCUUCAUCACACGCCGCCAUUGCCGACAGCUUGCGGCGUUCGAGCAGCACACGGCCGGCCGGCCGGCCGGUGGUCGUUGGCUUCGAUAGUUAUAUAUUCAGUCGUUAUUAGCAGCUUAUAUAUAUCGAGACAGGAGCAAGCAGAGCUAGAAGCGAAUUGAAAAAAGGCGAAAGAGAUCGAGAGCUUGAAGACGAAGAUCCAAGAGCGGGCCGGGCCGGGAUAGAUAGAUGAGCUGCAACGGGUGCCGCGUCCUGCGCAAGGGGUGCAGCGACGCCUGCGUGCUCCGGCCCAGCAUCGAGUGGAUCCACGGCGCGCAGCCGCAGGCCAACGCCACCGUCUUCGUCGCCAAGUUCUUCGGCCGCGCGGGCCUCGUCGCCUCCCUCGCCGCCGUCCCGCUGCACCACCGCCCAGCUCUGUUCCGUUCGCUGCUGUACGAAGCGUGCGGGCGGACCAUCAACCCGGUGAGCGGCGCCAUCGGCCUGAUGUGGACGGGCAACUGGGACCUCUGCCAGGCCGCCGCCGACGCCGUCCUCCGCGGGGACUCCCUCCGCGCGCUCUCCACCGUCCCCGCCGCCUUCACGGAGCGCGACAUGGACGGGCUCUACGGCGACGUCGUCGUCGGCCUCGCCACCGGUACCGCCUCCUCCUCCUCGCCCGACGAGAACAACUCCUCCUCCGCGCCGCCGUCCAGAAAGCGCAGGAACGUCGUCGUCAACGGCGCCGGCGUCGUCGUCCGUCCCACGGGCUGCCACCAGCAGCAGCAGCCGGCCGGGCUGCUGCAGUCGUGCGAGCUCGACCUCUGCCUGACGCCGGCGUUGUCGCCGCCGCCGCUGGCAGGUGGGCUGCUGCUGGGCGGCGGCGCGUCGGACGAGUACUCCGCCACGACGACGUGCGAGGACCACCAGCCCGUCACCGGCGGUGAUCAUGCGGAGGCCCGGACCACCCCCGCGCUGCUAAACCUCUUCAACUAAUUAACUGACCGACCAUCGUCGUCAUCGAUCGUGUUCUCCGUACGUAAUUAACUGUUUCCGUUGUUCCUUCCUUGUAAGAUAUGUAACUGUGCAGAGAGAGAGAGAGAGAGAGAGAGAGAGAGAGAGUCGUUCAUCUCGUGAUGGGGGCAGGGCCAGGGUGUACGUGUGCUACGUGAUUAGUUGCAGGGAUGAUCAAUGGGUGUUGGUUAAUCGACGUUUUUUUUUUGGCAUGUGAAAAUGCUUGUGAAAAGUAGUAAAGAAGAAACUCGCCGAUUAGCACUGUUAAUUGGGUGAAUUAACGAGUUUUUUUUUCUUAAUUUUAAUUGAUGAUUCGGUUGCCUCGGCACCUUGCUACGUGAUCCGGCACCCCCCGAGUAUUCAGGAGAUGAUUUGGACCCAACAUUUUGUCUCUAGUCUAGUCAAGACACGUAGGGUCAACAAAAACAUUGAUUCCUAUGAGCUAGUAUUGCGGCAUGGAUGCCUGCCUUCUGGCUAUCGUUAAACACCAAGUCAAAGUCAACCAAUCACCUCAUCGAUCGGGAUUGUUAUUUGUCUCAUAUUGCUGGGCUAAUUGUUUUUUCUCUCUUGUCUCUCUACCGAUAUAUAUAUGGUGAUGGAAAAUGGCCAUGAUUCGCUAUACA